AUCAGCUUUUUUUCGUGAUAAUUUCAUCGGAUCGUCAUUAAAAAAGGUUUUCCGUAAAUGUUCUAAAGGAAGUUUUUCGUCUUUUUAUCGUAGUUUACCACGUAGAAAAAUGGCAAAUAGUGUUGGAAAUUCGUACAAUUUCAAAGUUGUCCUUUUGGGAGAAGGAGCUGUUGGUAAGACGUCGAUCGUCUUGCGUUAUAUCGAGUCAAAAUUCAAUCCGAAACACAUAACGACGUUGCAAGCAUCGUUUCUGAACAAAAAAAUCAACAUUGACGAUAACAGAGUGAAUUUGAGCAUUUGGGAUACUGCGGGACAAGAAAGAUUCCAUGCUUUGGGUCCAAUUUACUAUAGAGGCUCGAACGGGGCAAUUCUCGUGUAUGACAUAACCGACGAAGAAUCAUUCCAAAAAGUCAAGAGUUGGGUAAAGGAGCUCAAAAAGAUGCUCGGGAACGAAAUUACGCUCGCAAUUGCGGGAAACAAAAUGGAUUUGGCCAAAGAUAGACAAGUUUCGUUGGAAACGGCGGAAGAAUAUGCCAAAAGUGUCGGAGCGAAGCAUUAUGAGACAUCGGCGAAGCUCAAUGAGGGCAUUGAUGACUUGUUUUUAGCACUUGCGAAAGAUAUGAUUGCUGUUAGUAAUGCGAAAAAUACGAAUUUGAAUAGACAGGGUUCGAUGAGAAGAGGAAAUGCGCUCGUUUUGGAAGACGAUGCGGAUGAAGAUGGAGCUGAAAACGAUACGAAUGCGGGAAGAAGCAGGUGUUGUUCGUAAAAAGCGAAAAAAAAACGAAAACAGUGACUUGUAGAAAAUUAAAAUGUGAUUCAAAAUUUAAAAAGAAAAGAAAAAGUAAAUAUUUUUAGUCCGCCUACUCUUAUCUAUAACAACUGAAAACAACUACUAAAAUAUACUACUUGAAGUAACGUGUGCGUAAAUAAUAAAUAUUUAAAGUGAAAUUAUUUUUAUGCUGUAUAAAAAAAAUAAUGAUAAAAUAAAA